GCGAAGGGCUGAUUGUCCCGCCAUCGGUUGAGUUGGCCCAUCCGCUAGGCAGUCAGCACAUUCAAUUAACUUGGAAGUUUAAUUCCGUAUGUGGUUGCCAAGUAACCUGGGCUCAGUUUUUCCUCAGUAUAUUGACGAUUUCUACUGUUGAAAAUGUUUUUGAACGUUGCUUCUUCCCCAUGUGCAAAUAUCCUCAUCAUUAUUUACGCAGAUAUUGUAGCUGGCCAGAUAAAAGUUUUCCAAACCCCCGGAAAAACUCAACGGUUGGCAGGUGAAAACGUUACUUUUUAUUGCGCGUUUCCUCUUUUUCAAGAUACUGCCAAUGUAAUUAUUUAUUGGUGGAAACUGGGCGAAGCUGAGUUUCUGCAGCCGGGAUCGGACAUCAGAAAACGAUUUCUUCUUUUGAAGAAAGGCGAAGCCUCGCUUCAGCUACUGGAUGUCAAGGCCGCGGACUCGGGAGUUUAUUACUGCGGAGUAAAACAUCUGGUUACCCGAUUUACAAAUGGAACUGGGUCAAAGCUUAUUAUCUACGUUCCUCCAAUUCCGUUGAGCAUCAAGUCCGAAUUAUCUGUGAAUAAUGUAUCGGGAACUUUAACUAUUUUGUGUAAAACGGCUGCUUUUUACCCGGGUAGUAUCAACGUAACUUGGUACAAGGAUAACAUUUCUAUCGAAACGGGGAUACAGUCGUCAAAAGCCCUAAAUUCAAACGGGCUUUAUGAACUUUCCAGCUAUUUGGAAGUCACAGGAGCUGUCACUUCUGUAACCUGUCAGGUAACUCAUCGCACGCUAAUGAUUCCAGUUAACGCCACCUUCACUGUCCCAAAUUGGAAAGUUCGCAGGUUCCAAGUUUCUCUGACUCAUCGGUUUAUAUUAGCUUUCCUCGUGAUUCUCAUUCUGACAACUAUCAUUGUGGAACAUUUGAAAUGGCACCCGUUUAAAGAUCUUGUUCAGAAGGAAAAAUGCAACUAAUUUGAAAACAGAUUCCACAUAAAAUGAAAUUGCCUAUAUCGUUGGAUGGAGUGGUAACGGUUAUUAUAUUGCUGUUCAUCCGAAGCUCCAUUUGAUGUGUUCUGUGGGGAUACUCCAAUGCCGUCCUGUUCACGGGUACGUUGACCAAGAGAAGUCCACUGAGCGAAACUGACAUCCCUGUCAGUCUUUCAUAUUGCACAACAUAUUGCACAAAAUACUUUACUGUUUUGGCUGUUAUUUUUUUCGGACAUUAGUAUCUAAUCCAUGCGCGUGACUAAAAUAAUGUUUAACUGGUGUUAAUUUUAACUUGUUUCCACGGGAUAGCUGCAAUAUUAUUACUCCGUGAACAUUUUCAGUAACACACAAUGUUGCUUUAUGAAAUAAUUGUCAGUGUAAACUUUGGUUUUUUGUUCAUCGAUGUGAUUACAUUCUUGGAAAAUGCGUUAUUGUUUUACAUAACUACACCAUGAAUUAACUUAAAUUACUAAUGAUUCAAUGUACCCAACAUGUUCUAGCAGCGUGGUUCAAAGUAGCGUAAGGUUACAACUUUCAAAAUACCUUUCCUUCCAAUAUUUCCAUCUCCCAAAACUUAGCAAACUUUUAUGCUCUCAGUUGAAUUGCUUUAAACUAACAUUGAAAAAAGGUUGAUUUGAAAGGUACCCUGUUCUGUUAAGCUUGAAAAUUCACAAAUACUUUGGACUAUAUUAUUGAAGAUGCAUUCGUUAUGAUAUCGUUUUUGAGACUG